AUGACUCUUCGUCGAGAAUCUGCCGUUCACGUCCCUGAAGACGUUGAUCCGGUGAAGUACGCACCACUGCUUUGCGCUGGAGCUACCGUCUUCAACGGCAUCCGGCAAAUGAGUGUCAGGGCAGGAGAGCUGGUUGCAAUCCAAGGCAUCGGUGGUCUCGGUCAUCUGGCUGUUCAGUACGCUGCUCAGCUAGGUUACCGUGUCGAGAUUCCCUCACGAGGAAAGGAGAAAGAGUCGUUCGCCCUUCAAUUGGGAGCUUCAAGUUACAUCGACACAACAGACAGUGAUGGAACUACAGAGCUACAGGCUAUGGGUGGUGCGGCAUUGAUCGUCACAACAGCGCCCACUCCUGAGGCCAUAACGCCCUUGACCAAGGGCCUGAGAACUUCUCAUUCUGGGAGUAUGUUGUUCAACGAACUUUCUAUAUACGGUUGGCCUAGCGGAUCCAGCAUCGAUUCCAAGGAAGCUGUUUCAUUUGCCAAACACCAUGAUAUCAAUUGCAUGGUGACUGCCUAUCCGCUCUUGGAAGCCAACAAGGCCUUGGCCGAUACCAUGGCCGGCAAGGCUCGAUUUCGCGCUGUGCUGAAGAUGCAAGACAAAGGACAGAAGGAAACGUAG